CUCCAAUAAUUCUUGACCUCCCCACCCAAACCAUAGCUUUUUCCAGUUGCCACUUUAAUAAUCAGAGAAUGAAUGGUUGAGAUGACCAAUUGGGCAGUCUUCUUCCCUUGCACUUAUCUGCAAGUAUCCCCCCUCAGAAAUCACCAAGUCGUCUGUCUUAAGGGGCGAAAAAUAGAAAGAAAUUAAGGUAAACAUAUUCAAGAUUUCUAAGGUAUCUCUAGUUUCUAGUGCUUUUAUUCAAGAUGUUCUCAUUUUUUUCCUGUCAUUGUGCCAUAUCUUUGUUUUAUAAACAUUCAUGUAAGACCAACCUUUUCUCCCAGCUUUUUCAUGUGCACUACUGAUCUUUCAACUCAUGUAGCAAUCAAAUUAUUAUUGACACGAAUAAAGUCAAGACCUUUAUCUUUCUUAUCUUCUCUGCUCCUCACUUUCCGAUUUUUUUUCUCCACUGUAAUAACCUAUGCUUUCCCAAUACUCAAUAAUAAAAUAAAGUAUGGUUAGACAAUUUCCCCUUUUCCCAUAUAUAGAGACAUCAGAUUGGUUUGCAUAUGUUAAGAUAUUCUCAUAUUUUGAAAGAUGGAAUAGAUAUAAAUGAAUGUAUAAGGGCCUAAGUAAAAUAUGCCACAUCAAUUUGUUUUAAUAUUUUAGUGUGAUUUGGUCAGUCUAUUAACAGCUCUAUCCAAUUAUAGCUUUUAUGAGCAUAAAUACAACUUGACAACUUCAUUAAAUUCCAUCAAGUUAUGCACAUAGGUUGAACCUGCCUAGAUGUUUUUUCAGUUUUUUGGGUUGUAUCCAACCGGUGGAAUAGAAAAAAGUGAUCACCUUUUUGUCAAAUAAUGACUCAUUACAUUCAAGCACUCUAGUGGCUUAAACCCUUUCUGAGAUUUGCAAUCAGGGUACUUCAGAGCAAGGCUCUCUUGUGCAUAAGUAAAAACACACAUAGAAUGAAGAGAUUCAUCUUGUUUUGUUUUGUUAUAAUAUUUUCUUUCUUGAGAUAAUCUGGGCUUCUUAAGAUUUUGUUCCUGAUUAGGUUCAGGAUUCUGAGUGACAAUACAGUAAGGUGAAAAUUUGGUGACUUGGGAGAAGAAAUUCUGGAAAAUUGUUUUUUUUCUUUUCUUUUAUUGGAGAUGGAAUCUUCCUCUUCUUCGAGUGGAUCAUUAAAGAGAGGGAAGGCAGCGGGUAAUGGCUCACAUGUUGCUAAUUGUUUGGUGGAUGGGUGUAAUGAAGACCUGAGUAAGUGCCGGGAUUAUCAUCGUAGACAUAAGGUGUGUGAGAUCCAUUCUAAGACGGCUAAGGUCAUCGUUGGUGGUCGGGAGCUUCGGUUCUGCCAACAGUGUAGCAGGUUUCAUCCGUUGUCUGAAUUUGAUGAGGGAAAGCGAAGCUGUAGAAAACGGCUUGAUGGUCAUAACAAAAGAAGAAGGAAGCCUCAACCAGACACUUGCAACAACAGUACUUCAACAAUGCUUUAUUCCUCUAGUCCACAAGUAGCAGGUUCAAAGCAACUUCUCCAUUUUGGUGGUUCUCAAAGAUAUGCAAAUGCGGAUGUGCACGAGGAGAUGGUAUACAGCAACCCAUCACAUAUCAAUCAUAUUGACAGCCGAAACAUGUUGCGGGAUCCUUCAUCGCAUGACUACAAAGAACCAAACCGGUUUCCUUUCUUGCAAGGUGGGGACCACGCUUUCCCCGAAGCUACAGUUUCCCAAAGGGUAUUCCCGGGUGGGUUCGACCAAACCAAUGGCAGUUGUGAUGGUGCUCUCUCUCUUCUGUCAUCAGUGCCAGGUGUCACGAGAGAGAUUGGUUUUAGCCACGAAGCGCAGCAGCCAAGUUCUAGCCAACCGCUUGCUCACGGCCUGCACUUCGAUGGUUAUAGCCAAUUCUCUUUUCCUCAAGAAACUGAAACCAAACAUGGCCUCCACUUACCUGAAAUGUUUGAGAAUGCGCCGGAAGGAUCCUCCUCCAGUGGUUCUCAUCAAACACUCACAUUCAGGUGGGAGUGAAAACCUUGGCUUCCACAUAUGUUGGGGUGGUAGAUUGUAUGCAAGUGAUAUUUUCUUACUUUCUACUAUUUUCUUUUUAUGUGGAGUUGAUAUGAGACUCUUUUUCUGGGUACCUUCGUGGCUUGAUUAUUACUCUUAUCUGUCUAGAAAAAAAUCAUGCUACAAACUAAUGACAAAGACUUAUGGGCAAUCAAUUAGGUUUGAUGAAGAUCACUUGAUCAAUUGUUAUGAUGGGUGACUGUAUUCACCCCAAUACCACCAGUGUAAAAAAUCAUUAGUAUAAAUAUUAUAUGAACCAUUAAGGGCCUAUUUGAUGAGACUUGUUUUGUUUAAAUGAUUAAGAGUAUGUUAGUUACACUAAAAUUGGUUGAAUCA